AUGGGCGAGGUGGCUGGACAGAGAAGCGUGGCGUUUGUCAUGUUGUGGCGAAUAGCGGUGGCAGCGAAGGCGCACGCGUUAACCGAUGGGUGGUGCCAAAGGGACAUUGGUGACCCCCAACUCUAUAAAGCCUCGCCGUUCUCUCCUCUUUCUUUCCAUCACGCACUCUUCCUCCCCACCACCCCCACCCCCCUUAUCCUCUCUCAUGCACUUCAUUACUUACUAUCCUCUCUGCGCCCUCCUUCAUCUGUACAGGUUAUCAGGCACGAUCGCCUCAAACACGACGUCAAGCUCAUAGGCACAAUCGCCUUCAAGCACGACAGCAAGUUCACUGGCCGCGUUGUAUCUUCUGGCGACACUGCUCUGGGAUCUGUGGCUUUGGUCUGUGGCAUUGGGCUGUAUCGUUCUCUGGAGGUGGCUUCGAUGUUUGGUUGCUGGUGUGUCUCUUCAACAUGUCUGGGUUCUGUCUUGCCUGUCUUGCUCAUCCUCUUGCUCUUUCUCCCACUGGUGGUUCUUGUCUCUUAUCAUUAUUUGCUGCGCUUUGAUGUCCUUGGCUGCGGUCUGCUCGCUCUUUGCUGUGUUGUAUGCUCGCUUUGGGUUCCCGUCUCUCUGUGUUCUCUCUUCGAUCUGGCUUGCUUGCUCUGUCUGGCUUGCUCCUUCUCGUCCUCGCCUUGUCUUCUCUCUUGGCCUUCUCUUUUUUUGCUGAUCGCUGUGGCAUGCUUUCUCUGUUUUACUUGGUCCUCACUUUCUCCUUUCCUCGCUGUGGCUUUGAUCUUGGUUUCUGAUGUCUCAUGUCAAUCUUUGCUCGUUUCCGUCUUCGUCCUGGCCUAUCUCAAUCUUAUCUUCUUGCUCGUCUAUCUUGUUUUGGCUGUUAUUCACUCUCGGUGGCCCUGGUCUAUCUCGGCGACGCUCUCAAUCUCUCUUGCUUCUCUCCGAUUCUUGUCUCUCUCUUUUGGUUCAUCUUGGCGACCCUCUCAGCCCAUCUUGGUCCCGCACCGCCAGACACGACUAUUUCAAUCUGCAAGAGAUCGGGUCGUCAGUUAG